AGAAAAAUGGCGAAGUAAAUGAGAAAAUGUAAAAAUGAAAUUUCAUCCUCAUGGCUACUCUCCGCCUCCCAAUAGGUUCCUUUGGAAGUAGUUACAACACACCUCAAAGAGAAGAGGCUCCGCGAGUUCCACCAUUUAGUUUCCUUAGUUCAGCAAAUGCAUCACAUGCAUCACAUGCAUCUUAUGCAGACGAAAUAUACAUUACAUCGUCAUCCCUAAUUGCUAUAGAUGCCCCCCUAAGCAGCAUUGGAUCUGAUUCUGGUAUAUAUAAUACUAGUACAGAAGGUUCUAACUACUCAGGAUUGGUUGUUAAGGGUUCAGGAACCUAUGAUCUGAAGUUUAGAACAACUUAUCCUGAUCUUGAUAAUGUCAGAACUUAUAUCUGGGAGGAUGUAUGUUUAUGGAUGGAUGCAGAGAAGGAGAUUACAGUUGAGGGUGAGGAGGAGGAGGAGGAGGAGGAGGAGGAGGAGGAGGUUUAUCAGACAAUCUACGAUAUUAUCGGACAGAACGGAGUGGACUCAGAUUUUGACGAAAAUCAGCGACGAAUCAAACCACUGACAUCGAUGGUUUCGGCGGCUGGUCGAAAAAUAAAAAAGCUUCGUCGAAACUGGUCGAUGAAGAAGAAUGAUUUUUCAAAAGGAUUAUCUAAAAUUCGUCGGUCCAGUCAGUCCAGUAUUUUCUACACAGAGGAGUCCAGUCAGUCCAGUAAUUUCUACAGAGAGGAGUCCAGUCAGUCCAGUAUUUUCUACAGAGAGGAGUCCAGCCAGUCCAGUAAUUCCUAUGGGGAGGAGUCCAGAUGCCCCGCCUCUUUUAAUUCGGAUAUGAAUGUGCCUGGUAUUGGUGUACGGGCUGAGCUCACUGGUUCCGAUAAUACAUCAUUUCAGAUUAUCCUUACAGUAGAUCUGGAUAACACAUAUAUGCAGAUGACCAGUCGUCUUCCUGUUCCACCGCGAAGAAGAAAAUCUCGCCGCUGUACUCAAGUUAUCCGCCCCAAUGUUCCUCCGCCCGCCCCUCCAGUCCCACCUCUUCCUCUCACACGCCCACCCAUUCCUAUAAAGCCCACACAGAUAGGGUUAACAAAAACAAUGGAGCCUGUCUAUCAAGAUUCCUUGAUUACUCCAGACCGGUUUUCCAAACCUUAUCCUGAGAAAUUACCGAAACCCAAGAUGUCAGCAAUUCUCAACAAGGUUUCCUCUGCGCAGCUUGCCGCGGAAUCAUCUAUAGAGGGAUCUUAUGCUUCAACGCUUCUUAAUUCAGAACCUUUAUACCAGUUCUACGAUGGAUAUGUGACAAUGUCAGGCCCAGAUAAAGAGCACACUUAUGAAAGUGUUUAUAACACCAAAUCUUUGGAUCAAUCAAUCAAUCCGUCAAUCAAUCAAUCUAUCGAUCAAAUAAAACAAACAAUAAGUAAACCUUUUAACCUAGCGAUAAACGAGGUGAUUAAUCCUCAAAUCAACCAAGAAACCAACUGUGAUCAAUCCUGUAGUCAACAUUUAGAGUCUAAAUUUAGUGAAACCGAAGAUAUAGAGGAAGCUAGUUUAGACAACCUUAAACCAGCUGGUUACAAUUCCGAGGAGAGCUUAACCCGUAGUUCUGCUCUGGAGAUGCUAACGCUGCAUGGAAAGAGGACUCUUUGGUCUGAAAUACCUGAGGUGAAAGAAAGUGGGGUUCUAUUAAAAAUGUCUUCGGAAGAAAGAAAAUUGCAAGAAGCUAAAUUUGAGAUUCUCUCGUCUGAAGCAAGUUACCUAAAGUCCCUGAAUAUUCUAACCAGUCAUUUUCUCACAAACCUCGCCACCAGCGCCACUGAGAGAGAUAUUGCCACGCUGUUCUCUCAUGUCUAUGAUGUUCAAAAUUGUUCUGGACAAUUUUUGGCUGAACUAGACAUAGCCUGGAGACAAUCCUUCCUUCUUCCUGGAGUACUCAGGUCGGAGAACUCUAGAUUUGUUGAGGUGCUGAGAGAGUUAGAAUCUUCCCAGGUCAAUUCAAAUAAAAUUUUAUAA